UGAAUUUCGUGGUCAAUUUGAAAUUAGAAGUUGAUGGCAAUAGAUUAAUAUUUACGAGCCGUCUUGUGGAGAAUUAAAUGAUAAACCAGUUAUAAGCGAAAUCUGGAUUUAUUUGGCUUGCAUUUUGAAAAAAAAACUAAAUAGUUUAAGUGUCGGAACCGAAUGUUUUUGGUUGGUGUGUUUUUAUGUGCUUCUUAUCAUCGUGCGUAGUGAUAUUGAGAUGAAAUAUGGUGAAUUUUGUGCUUAUUUGUGAUUGGUGAACAGUGCUAGUUUAAUACAAGUGAUGAUGAAUUAAUUAUUGAUUUUAUUGAAAAAAAAAUAGGAAAUAAGUAAAAGAAUUCGAUAAUAUAACCACCAAUAUGAUAGACAUAAGUAUGUACGGAAAUCAUUCUUCGCACACAAAUGGUUUUCAGAACAGUGAUCUUGGGUCCGGAGGGUACCCUUAUUUUACAGCAGGUCACCAUCAUCACCACCAUUACCACCAGCACCAAAGGCAACCUGUGCAACAACAACAGCUUACUAAUUCUGCUACUAACAUUGUUAGUGGCCCACCUGUGAACAAUACCACUAGUAAUACCGUAGUGACCUCUAAUAGCAGCUCCAACAACAAUGCUAAUCCGCCCACAGCCAAUAUCCAUCAGACUUCCUAUGUUCACGCAUCUCACCUAUACAGUCCGUCCGCAAUCGAAUACGGAAUAACUACCUCUAGCUCUCCCCCAACUGAUUUGUACUUUGAAGCCGAUAGCCAAAGUUCUAUAUACUACGGCCCUAGUCAUCCAACACCGGCGGCUCCUUUUCAAGAAAACCGUAUCAUAAGCGCGGAUAACGGAUUGAGCUAUACUAAUUUGGACUAUGCCAUGUACCAUCAGGCACAGGAAUGCGCAGAUCCUAGUUAUCUGGCGCAUCAUCAAGAUAACAAAUUACAUCUACAUCGCUUUGGAGCCUUUCCUGGAGCUGUAGCGUCCGAUGCCACUGUUGAUGGGGAUCCUCAUCAUCAUAAUCUUCUUCAUCAGCAUUCGCAUAUUUCACAUCAGCACAGUUCCACAUCCCCUAAUGAUGCACAUGGCGGUGGAACUACCUGGGGACAAGUUUACUCCGAUAACAUUCCUCAGUCACAACAUCAGCAACUGCAGCCGUCUCUUAACCAGCAUACGGUGGCUCAGUGCAGUCCUAAUGUUUCUUCCGCAUUGCUGGACUCGCCCCAUGUAAUUCUGAGUGCGAGUGUAUCCGACGAUGGUGACAGUAAUGGUAGUGUUGCUAAUAGUUUUUCGCGCCUUCACCAACAUCAUCACCAUCCCCAUCAUCACCAUCACCAUGCCACAUUGCAGCAAAAUAUGCAAGCGCAGCAGCAUCCGGCGAAUCAGCAAUCGCAGCAACAAACACAGCAGCAACAACAACAGCAGCACGCUCAACAACCCCAGAACCAACAGAAUGCACCUACCUACAAGUGGAUGCAAGUAAAACGAAACGUGCCAAAGCCUCCAUUGACUAAAUCUUUACAGUUAUCAACUACACCAGAAUAUCAUAUUCCUACGCAUGUACUCGACCCGUUAAGAGUUCCUAAUCACACGACAGUUGUAGCCCCUAGUGCUGUAUCACCUCAUCAAUCAAGUUUUAUGAUAAACAAUAACAGCACAGGCCGUACAAAUUUCACCAAUAAGCAGUUAACAGAACUGGAGAAAGAAUUCCAUUUCAACAAGUAUUUGACUCGGGCAAGGCGAAUAGAAAUAGCAAAUGCUUUACAUUUAAACGAAACACAAGUAAAAAUUUGGUUCCAAAAUAGACGCAUGAAACAAAAGAAGCGAGUGAAGGAAGGUUUAAUACCUCCUGAAAUACAGAACCAAUCUCCCAAACACUCUUCCCUGAUAAACAUCAAUGAUUCCUCCUCGGCAAGCUCGUCAACAGCAACGUUAACAGCUAUACCUUCUGCCUCUGGAGCUUCUGCAACGAACACGUCUACGUUAAACGAAAGCAAUGAAAACAGCCGUGAAUCAAUUACUAUGUAGAACAAAUGCUUUUUCAAAACAUGAAAAGACUCUCUUUUUAAUAGUUAGAACCAAUUGAAAGACAUUAAUUUACAACAGAAUUUGCAAAUUAUCAGAACACUUUUAGGGCUGAUCGUCUUAUUCAACCAUACGGUUAAUAGAUGAGUAAUUUUAAAAUUAUCAGUCAUAUCUUUCACAUUUUCUUUAAAUCACUAAACUAUAUGACUUCAUGGAUGGAAGUUAUAUAUUUAUUUUAAGACCACCAGGUUCAUGACUGCUUGACUUGAGGUAUUACGAACAAUUUUGAACUACAAUAUGAUUGCAUUGUUUUGUUCCAUAUGCCGCAUGCUAGUCUUUUAAAUAAGGAUUUAUACGUCUAUACAAUAUUUACUCGAUUAAUCUAUUAGUUUCCAUUCGGGAUAAACGAUAUAUACAAAGCAAGAAACACAUACAAACAUGAAUAGCUCAAAAGAUUCCAAUGUUCCUCUUUGCUAGAUAUUAAACAAACCAAAUGUUUCCUAUUUGAUAAUAGACUUAUUAAAGCUAACCCAUGUACAUGAGGCAGUGAGCAUCGAGAAUUAGUAAAGUUUAUUUGAGAAACACGUUUUUUCUUACUAAAGCUAUUUCCAAAGCUGUGCAGUUGCAUUUCAACAAAACCACUAGCACAUUUACGUUUCGUUGCACAAUAAUGUUGAAUGCAUUUAAUACUGUACAAAAUAAGAAUUAGGAUUUAUAAAAUUGCUCAUAUUCUGCCGGCACUGGUUAUAUGGAUAAUGUUAAACAUACAAAACCCCAAUUCAGCAAAAAGACAAAACAAAUUUAAUUUAAGAUAAUUCCUAUCGAAUACAAAGAUACAUUUCAGAUAAUCAAAAUUCUGCAAAUACAAUAUAUUUUAGUGAAAAUUUAAAAUACACCGUAUGUGAUGCCAUUUGUUUAAAACAAGGCGGAAUUCGCUACAACAUAUACAUUUAUAAAAAUAAUAUUCAGUGUUGUGUUCAGACCAUGAGUUUAAACAAAAUCAAAAGGAUAAAGUGGAGUGUGAUUUUCGAACAUAUAUGUUCGUGCACAAACGCUGCAGUAUCUGUUUAUCAUUUUAACCUUUAAGUUCAACUUUAAACUGCAAUAACUUUUGGUUCAUUGCUAUUAUUGCCUUGAAAUUUUCCAUAGCUUUUAAUUUGCGAUUUUUUGGUGUAUAAGUUCCACAAGCUGUAAGUAUUUUAUUUUGAUUUAUUUUAAACUUUACCGCGUAAGAGAGCGGUCAGAACCUCGCCGCAUGCGGCAAGAUAUGAGUUUUCUCAAUUUUCUAGCUUUUUAAGGUAUUAUUAUAAUAUUUUGUUGUUUCUUUAUAAAAAUAAUCAUUAUUUGAUAUUGUAAUGUGAUCGAACGUACGCGGGGCCGUCGAGCACCGUUUUUUUCGGGGAGUCAGUUUUUACUGACAUGAGCCGAGGUGGAACGAACUGUUCGAAGCGUAUUGAUUUGAUCGUCCAGGCGAUCAUGAAAACUCGGAAGAAAUUUCCCUUACUGGAAAUGUUGGAGUUUAGAAGCCUUAUCUUGGGUAGGGGGACAUUACUAAACUCUUGAAAUAAGUUGGUACACGAAUUAUUAGGAAGCGUAACGUCCUAUCUUGGCAGUCCGAACGAAUCUGAUCUGGCGUGAUCGGAAUAGGUUUUAUUUAUACUGAAAAUAAGUUAUGGCUUUCCUCGUGCAUUUGGUUUCUGAAUUUGUUUUGUCCUAAUUAAAUGUUAUUGUUAUUGGUAACAAUUUAUAAAUUGGAGUGGUUUGAGGUGUUCGUCGA